AUGGAAAACUUUCCCCCACACGACCCCAACUCCCCAUUCAGUUUCCCCAAGGAAGAAGAAAAAGUGCUGGAAUACUGGAAUUCGAUCGACGCAUUUCAGACUUCCAUAACCCAAAGCAAACUCGAAUUAGAGGCCGGUAAACGGAAACGCUGGAACUUUUAUGAUGGACCCCCGUUCGCCACCGGACUGCCGCAUUAUGGACAUCUCUUGAUGGGAACAGUUAAAGAUAUUGUUACCCGGUUUGCUCAUUCAGAUGGGAAUUACGUCGAACGUCGUUUCGGAUGGGAUUGCCACGGCUUGCCGGUCGAACAUGAGAUUGAUAAGAAACUUCAAAUCCAAUCGAAACAAGAUGUCAUGGACAUGGGCAUCCCGAAAUAUAAUGCUGAAUGUCGGGCGAUUGUCAUGCGUUACUCGAAAGAGUGGAGAGCUACGAUCGAGCGAAUGGGUCGUUGGAUUGACUUUGAUAACGAUUACAAAACGUUGAACGUUAGUUACAUGGAGAGCAUCUGGUGGGUCUUCAAGCAGCUCUGGGAGAAGGAUCAAGUCUAUCGGGCCAGUCGAGUGAUGCCCUACUCUACCUCAUGUACAACACCCCUAUCAAACUUUGAAGCUGGAAGUGAUUAUCGGGACGUCAACGACCCGGCGGUGACGAUCUCGUUCCCCUUGAUUGACGAUCCGAGCACUUGUUUGCUCGCUUGGACUACAACCCCGUGGACACUUCCUUCGAACUUGGCAGUCUGUGUUCAUCCUGAAAUGACUUACAUCAAGAUCUUCGAUGAACAACACCAGAAGAACUUCAUCAUUUGCGAAAAAUUACUCGGUACACUUUACAAAGAUCCCAAGAAAGCCAAGUUCAAAAAAGUGGCGACCUACCUAGGCAAAGAUCUGGAAGGAUGGAAGUACGAGCCUCUGAUGGAUUACUUCUAUGAUCAGUACAAAGAUACCGCAUUCAAGGUCGUCACGGAUACCUACGUGACUUCGGACUCCGGUACCGGUAUCGUCCAUCAGGCUCCAGCGUUCGGUGCAGAUGAUCACGAAGUCUGUAAGCGUCAUGGUGUCGUCCCGGCCGAUGUGAUCCCACCUUGUCCCAUAGACGACGGCGGCCGCUUCACAAGUGACGUUCCUGACUUCCAAGGCCAACAUGUUAAGGAGGCAGACCCCCAUAUCACUAAGUUCUUGAAACAGAAGGGACGCGUGAUUGUCCAAAGUCAAAUCAAGCAUUCUUACCCGUUCUGUUGGAGAUCAGGUACACCCCUCAUUUACCGUGCGAUCCCAGCGUGGUUUGUAAGAGUUCAGCCGGUCAUCGAUCAAUUAGUGGAGAAUAAUCGCCAAACCCGCUGGGUACCCGCUGCAGUUGGCGAGAAUCGAUUCCAAAAUUGGUUGGCCAAUGCCCGCGAUUGGAAUAUUUCUCGAAACCGAUACUGGGGUACGCCGCUGCCGAUCUGGGUUAGUGACGACUAUGAAGAACAAAUCUGUGUGGGAUCCAUUGAAGAAUUGAAUGAGCUGUCUGGAUGCGGGAUCUUGAAAGAUUUGCAUCGGGAGUCAGUCGACAACAUCUUGAUUCCCUCGCGGAUGGGGAAGGGGAUGUUGAAGAGAGUGGACGAAGUAUUUGAUUGUUGGUUUGAAUCAGGAAGUAUGCCAUACGCUCAGGUUCACUAUCCUUUUGAAAACAAGGAAGCGUUUGAAUCCGCUUUUCCAGCCCAGUUUAUUGCUGAAGGCAUGGACCAAACCAGAGGAUGGUUUUACACUCUCCUCGUGCUUUCGACUCAUCUGUUUCAGAAGGCGCCUUGGCAGAACUUGAUUGUAUGUGGAUUGGUCUUGGCUGAGGACGGCAAAAAGAUGAGCAAGAGUUUGAAGAAUUAUCCCAACCCAAAUGUGAUCUUAGAUCUCUAUGGAGCCGAUCCUCUUCGACUGUUCUUGAUCAAUUCUCCCGUUGUCAGAGGAGAGAAUCUCCGCUUCAGGGAGGCAGGUGUCAAGGAAGUGGUCAGUCGGGUGAUGCUUCCUUGGUUGAAUUCGUACCGGUUCUUCCUCGGUCAAGUCGCACUCUUGAAGAAAGUCUCCGGGAUAGACUUUGAAUAUGACCCCAAAGCAAAGCUAUCUGAAAACGUGAUGGAUCGAUGGGUUUUGGCUCGUUGUCAGGGGUUGAUCCAAUACGUCAGGGCUGAAAUGGAGGCGUACCGACUGUACACCGUCGUGCCGCAGAUGUUAGACCUCGUCGAUGAGCUGACAAACUGGUACAUCAGGUUCAAUCGAAGAAGACUGAAGGGUGAAAACGGGCCGGAGGAUGCUGUUGUUGCCCUGAACACCUUGUUUGAAACGUUAUUCACACUUUGUCGCACACUAUCAUCAUUCACGCCGUUCCUCACAGAAAACAUCUAUCAGGGACUUCGGAGCUUCUUCCCCAAAGGAAAUCUGGACUUGGGUUACGGCGAUGAUCUCCGAUCGGUUCAUUUCCUCCGCUUCCCUGAAGUUCGUGCUGAGUACUUUGACCCAGUCAUCGUUCGACAAGUCAAACACAUGCAAACGGUCAUCAACUUGGGUCGAACCAUUCGAGAAAGGAAAACGAUCUCAUUAAAGACACCCUUGAAGGAGCUGGUAGUCUUCCACACUGAUCCAGAAUAUCACGAAGAUGUCAAGAAGUUACAAAACUAUGUGGAGGACGAGUUGAACGUACACCAAAUCACCUACAGUAGUGAUGAGGCGGCAUGCGGAGUAAAAUACAAAGCAGGUGCUGACUGGGCCGUCUUGGGCCGUCGACUGAAAAAAGAUCUAGCCAAAGUGAAACGUGGCUUGGAGUCGACCACCUCAGACCAACUGAAAAACUACUUGGAGAGCUCAAGGAUGACGAUCGAAGGAAUUGAGAUCGGGCCAGGCGAUCUGACCGUUAGUCGGUAUGUCGACAAAGAAGCCGGCAGCUCGGACGAGUCGCCUACUGCACCGGCAUACGAAAACAACACCGACGAAGACGUGGUGAUUCUGCUCGAUUGCAAACUGCGACCCGAGCUCGAGUCCGAAGGGUUUGCCAGAGAAUUGAUGAAUCGAAUCCAACGGUUACGGAAGAAAGCCGGCGCAGUCCAGACGGAUGACUUGGAUGUCUACUACCAGUUUUCGGAAGAUUCGAUCGGAGAAGCCAAUGAAUUCUUUGAACAGGUCUUGGCUACUCAAGGGGAAGUGCUCUGUAGAGUCUUGAGGAAGGUCCCCGAACCCGACUCCCUCAGAGAUCCUUCUAAACCUAUCCUUGCUCAGGAAUUGCAGGAACGCUGGGGAGACCAGAAAGUUACACUGACUCUCGUUCGUGUCUAG